AGCAUUUCGGUGCUUUUCCUAACGAAAAUGUCAUUAGACAGAAAAUAUGAGCAUUUCUUUGCCGUGAUGGUGGGAAUGGCCAUGCUCGUGGCUGCUGGAACUAGCGUUGCCGCUGAGGGAGACACAGACAGAUCGAUAUCUCUGGACCCUUUGACACAGGCUACUGCUGAGACGGCAAGGACAAUUGAAACGAAAUCUGGGUCGCAUGAAAUUGUUCCAGUUCGUUCUAGUCGCACGGAGGUAUAUGAAAAGGCAGAUAAGAAGGACGAAAUCAUCUUCGUCUUACUUUUGAUCAUUCUCCAUUUUCUAAUCGUUCUCUUAUCAAUCGUGUUUCGCUAUUAGCUUAGCGUUUUAUUUAGCAGCACUUUGAGAAUCAAAUCUCGAGAUAUUUUUCUAUUUGAUAAAUAUCCCGGAUAAGACUUUUCCCGCUAUUUUGGAGCAGCCGAUAUGUCCGACUCCUGUACAUUUUGCAACAAUCCAUUGCCUUCACAACUUUCUGCAGAAUAGCUAAGUUUGCUACAGAUUCUGGUUUUCUUAUUUUCUCUGAACAAAAUUUUAUCAUGAUUGAAGUUAUCAAGGGGUAAUCUAAAAAAUGCGAUUUAAUAUUUAGAGCCGUUUUCUAUCAAAGGACAAUUAUAAUUGU